UUUCAUUGCCAACACCCUCUCUCUCUCUCUCUCUCUCUCUCUCUCUCUCUCAUACAAUAUGUUGAGGAUGAAGGUGGUGUUAGUGUUACUUUGUGCCACAUACCAUGGUGCCUUGUCCAUCACAGACGGACUACUGCCCAACGGAAACUUCGAGGAAGGCCCAAAACCCUCCCAACUAAACGGCACAGAAGUGAUGGACCGAAACGCCAUCCCAAACUGGGAAUCCUCAGGAUUCGUCGAAUACAUCAAAUCAGGAACAAAACAAGGCGAUAUGUUACUCGUCGUCCCCGAAGGAAAAUUCGCAGUGAGACUCGGCAACGACGCAUCGAUAAAACAGAAAGUGAGAGUCGCGAACGGAAUGUUCUAUUCUCUAACAUUGAGUGCGGGAAGAACGUGCGGACAAGAGGAGAAGUUGAACGUGUCAGUGUGGCCAAGUACGGAGGCGAAGGAUUGGGGGAUGUUGCCGAUACAGACGAUGUAUAGUAGCGAUGGGUGGGACUCGUAUUCGUGGGGGUUCUUGGCUGAGGCGAGUGAGUUGGAGAUUAUUAUUCAUAAUCCUGAGUUGGAUAAGGUGGACUCGGCUUGUGGUCCUCUUGUUGAUUCUGUUGCUUUGAAGGCUUUGUCUACUCCUCAAACAACUGGAG